AAGCUAUGGUUCCACUUUUCUUUGUAUAAAAAAGUAAAAACAAAUUUUCAUGAACGCUCGUAUUUUUGUGUCUCAGCUUCUGCAGGUCUGACCGACGAGCAGCUAGCGACGCAGGAGUUGGCGACGCGCUUUGCCCACAACGAGAUGCUGCCUCACAUGGCCCAGUGGGACCAGAAGGAAGAGUUCCCUUUGUCGACGCUGCGCGCAGCGGCUCAGCUAGGCUUCGGUGCCAUCUAUUGCAAAGAAGAUUACGGCGGGUCGGGCCUUACACGUCUCGAUGCUUCCAUCAUAUUCGAGGCACUUUCACUUGGCUGUGUCUCGACCACGGCAUACCUCAGCAUACACAACAUGUGUGCGUGGAUGCUGGACACGUACGGCAGCGAAGAACUCAAAGCUCGGUAUCUUCCUGACCUGGCGACUAUGGAGAAGUGCGCGUCGUACUGCCUCACUGAACCCGGGUCAGGUUCCGAUGCUGCGUCCUUGUCUACGACUGCGGUAAAAAAUGGCGACUACUAUUCAAUAACAGGCUCUAAGGCAUUUAUAAGCGGUGCUGGUGAGAGCGAAGUGUAUUUAAUCAUGUGCCGCACUGGCCAGCCUGGACCUAAAGGAAUAUCUUGCAUUUUGGUGCCGAAAGAGACUCCUGGCGUCACCUUUGGUGCUAAAGAACGUAAAGUUGGGUGGAAUUCUCAACCGACGCGUAUAGUUCAUUUGGAAAGUGCCGUGGUCCCAGUGGCGAACAGACUGGGGGAAGAAGGAGAAGGCUUUAGCAUAGCCAUGAGUGGUCUAAAUGGUGGGCGAAUCAACAUCGCCUCAUGCUCGGUGGGAGCCGCACAAGCCAGCCUCGACGCCGUCAUAGAGUACACGAAAACUCGUAAGCAGUUCGGUAGUCCCAUUGCUGCGUUUCAGCACACGCAGUUCGAGAUCGCGGAGAUGGCAGCCGAGUUGCUGGCGUCGCGACUUCUUGUACGGAACGCAGCAGUCGCUCUUGAUACCAAACAUCCCGACACUGUGGUGCUCUGUGCCGCCGCCAAGCUAUAUGCCACAAGGAACUGCUUGCAGGUAAUCGACCGCGCAUUACAACUGCACGGCGGGUAUGGGUACCUCAAAGACUAUCCCGUUCAACAAUACUUACGCGACUGUCGCGUGCACACCAUAUUAGAGGGGACCAACGAGGUCAUGAGGGUCAUAAUGGCGCGGCAUUUGAUGGCUUCGUGAGGUAGCAAUAGUUCGUAUCAUAUAUGUACAAGCUAUAAUCAACUUCAUCAAUACACUUGUUCAAUUGAGAGAUCGGAAACGGGGCACCGGCCCACUCAAGUAUAAAAUUUAUUCAAUGCAUAGUUUGGACAGACGUAUGCGCUGUUCUGUAAAUUUUGCCUUCGAGAAUCGAUACCGCGACUUUCAAAUGGUGACUAGUAUUUGUAUAUAUACCGAGUAAAACGUGAAUACCAAUAAAAUAUCUAAUCAAUUUGUUGCGUUGCGAGUGAUCAUCAAAAAGAACCUUGCGAGUUUGUCAGUAUUCCAUACUCUAAAAUGGGCAAGAAUGUGUCUUGCAGAGACCAGUCCCUUGAAUUUUUUGUAGCUAAAAAUGCAAUAGAUGAAUUUCAAUGUCGUAUAAUUUGUCGCAUGUAUCAGUCUUCCACUUUUACCGCGCAUGAUACGCGUUGGUGAAAAUCUACAAAAAAAAUUUUCGGUCAAAUUUUCUGCACCACUACUCAUUCAUGAAGACAUUGCCCUGCACUGUGGGAUUACUGUCUUAUCUUCAGUGCAUUGCAUUGAGCAAAUAAUUGUUAAUAAAUACGCGGACCUUGGAGGUCUGGCUGCAAUUAUCAAAAAUUACCCCUUGUAUCAAGAAAUUCACUGUUUAAGGUACUAAAAUACUUUAUUGAAAUAGGCUGUAGAAUAAAUAGCUAAUCUUAAAAUGUACAAACAAUUGAAUUGAUAUUAUGGAUAUAACAGACGACACCGAAACGUACCUUAUUUUAAGUUAUUUCUAUCAUAAAUUUCAUGUUCCAAUCAACGGAACCACCAUAUUGUAGCAGCUGCAGUAAAAUGAACAGACGCUUGCAGCGUGGAAUAAUUCGCUGCCGUAGCUGCAAGAUCUUUCACUUAAACUUGCAUAAUAAUAUAAUGAGACGAACAAUGAUGAGACAAGAUAGCUCCUUACAUUAUCUUUCUUUGGUGUAUCCAAGAGGGACUAAAUACAUGUGGAAGCCAUAUAUUGAUUUAACAGAUUGUCAUCGCCAUUUCAAUCUGAGAAAUAAAUAUUUCAAUAAUUCAGACAACAAAAAAUUUUGUCAACUAUGAAAAAUAUUGCAACUUACUAAAGUAAAUCAUUCUCUCACAGUG